GGUAGGAGACACAGAGACACUUGGCGUCAUAGAGAAAGUGCCUAAAACACGCGAAAGAACCAAACAGAACUCAGAGACCAGAGGAGCAACAAGCAGACAGAUUCAGCGAGAAGGAGAGACUGUAAAAAAAAAAACCACAGAAAAAAAAAGAAAUCGGAGGCUUUCGACAGGGAAAUUGGGGGGAAAAAAAGAUCGGAGCUCUUGCGUUGAAGAUCCGCCAUUUUAGACCAGCUUAUCCUAAAAUUGUCGGAUUCAAUAUUGUCCGAAAAUGGCUAGUAACUUGAAUUUCAAGAACUUCGGCUAUGAGCCGCCGGGAGACAGCGGCGGAGGCGGAGGAGGAGGAGGAGGCAACGGAGGGAGGAACGGGCCGCCGGCUAGCUUUCCGUUGACCAGACAAGGAUCGAUAUACUCUUUGACAUUCGACGAGUUUCAGUCAAGUUUGGGCAAAGAUUUUGGGUCAAUGAACAUGGACGAGCUGUUAAAGAACAUAUGGAGUGCCGAAGAGACACAAGCCAUGGCUUCAACUGGUGCUGUCGGAGGCGGUGGUGGUAAUGGCGGCAGGGGCCAAGGUGGUCAAGAUGGUUUGCAGAGACAGGGCUCAUUGACUCUGCCUCGAACACUUAGCCAAAAAAGGGUUGAUGAAGUAUGGAAAGAUAUCUCAAAGGAAUACACGGCGGUUAACAACGGCGGUGGAGGAUCAAACCUGCCUCAGAGGCAACAAACGUUAGGGGAAGUAACGUUAGAGGAGUUCUUGGUGCGAGCUGGGGUUGUUAGAGAGGAAACACAGGCUGCCGGAAAGGCAAACAAGGGCGGAUAUUUCCGUGAUUCGUCCGGUUCUGUUGGUAAUACCGCUGUUUCGGGUGACGGGUUUGCUGGUUUGAUGGGAAAUCUUGGUCCAGAGAGUGGAAAUCAAAUGUCAGGACAGAGCUCUAUGUUGCCCGUGAACGUUAAUGGAGCUAGAUCAUCAAACCAGCAUCAGGAACCAAAGCAACCGGCUUUCGGGUACGGAACACAAAUGCCAUUGCUGGGUGGACAGCCGAAUAGUCAUGGCAUCAGAGGUGGUCUCAUGGGACUUACUGAUCGGUGUCUCGGAGGCAAUGCGGGUUUGGUUCAAGUUCAAGGCCCGGGUCUGAUGACAGGUGGCGGGUUGGGAUUAGCUGGAGCCGUGGGCAUUGGUGGAGCUUCUCCUGUUACACCAUUGUCGACAGACGGGACAGGGAAGAGUAAUGGCGACACUUCAUCAGUUUCGCCUUUGCCUUAUAUGUUUAGCGGAGGCAUGAGGGGAAGGAAGAGCAGUGGUGCGGUGGAAAAAGUUGUCGAGAGAAGGCAGAGAAGAAUGAUCAAAAACCGAGAAUCAGCAGCAAGAUCACGGGCUCGAAAGCAGGCUUAUACCAUGGAGCUUGAAGCCGAAAUCGCGAAGUUGAAGGAAGAGAACCAAGAGCUACGAAAAAAGCAGGCAGAGAUGAUGGAAAUGCAAAAGAAUCAGGUACCCUUUUCGUUUCUCGAUAUUUUAUUUAGCGUCUUAGCAUCGUUUUUCCGGUUAAUUGGUCGGUUCCUUCGCUUUAUCAUAUCAUCGAGCCACGAGAUAGAGAUUUCCGGCGGCGAUGGAGAUGAUGAGUCUACAAGGAGGUCCCAAGAAACGGCUGAGGAGAACGCAAACAGGGCCUUGGUGAAAAGAUGAUACAACAAAACCCAGAAUCUGAUUAGGAGUUUUUUUUUUUUUUUUUUUUUUUGGGGGUAUAGUUAGCUUCUGUGUAUAAUCAGUGGGAGAUUUCAUAUUUUGCAUAGAUCCUUGGGGUUUAGUGAAGAGAAGAGGCUUUCAUCCUUUACGCUAAGGUAAGGUCCAUGUAAAUUCUCUCGUCAUAUAUUUUACAUCCAAACACAGAAUCAGAAUCUCUUCCCUUCUCUCAUCA